CGGAGCCGGCUGUACUCCGCAGCCCGCCCGCGGGGGCUCGGGCAUCUCUGCGCGCCGGGCGGUGCGAGCGGCAGCCGCGCCGCGCCGGGCUCAGGGGGUGGCGGCGGCGGGAUGGAGGGCGCGUACCUCGCCUGGGAGCUGGCGCACGCCGUGCUACUGCUGCUGAGCCUCUUCCCCGCAGGUGGUUCACUGCCCCAUGAAGAAGCUUCAUUGGUUGUUAAUAAAGGGGAGGAAUUAAGGUUGAGGUGCAACGAGAAUGGACCUGUGACUUGGAAUUUCCAGAACUCGGACCCAUCUGCAAAAGCAAGGAGUUCCAAUGAGAAAGAGUGGUACACCAAAAAUGCAACAGUCAGAGACACGGGGAGAUACACAUGCAAAAGCAAAGGGAGUAUCGUCAACUCCUUUUAUGUUUUUGUUAAAGAUCCAAAUGUGCUCUUCCUUGUUGAUUCUCUCAUCUAUGGGAAAGAAGACAGUGACAUCCUGCUAGUGUGCCCACUAACAGAUCCAGAUGUUUCAAAUUUCACGCUGAGAAAAUGCGAUGGCAGACGUCUCCCCAAAAAUAUGACGUUCAUUCCCAAUCCCCAGGAAGGCAUCAUUAUAAAGAAUGUGCAGAGGUCGUUUAAGGGCUGCUACCAGUGCUUGGCUAAGCACAACGGAGUUGAGAAAAUAUCCGAGCACAUUUUUCUGAACGUGAGGCCAGUUCACAAAACUCUUCCUGUCAUUGCCUUAUCCAAAAGCCAUGAGCUUCUCAAAGAAGGAGAAGAAUUUGAAGUUACAUGCAUAAUCACGGACGUGGACAGCAGUGUACAAGCUAGCUGGAUUUCUCACAGAAGCGCGAUUGUUACAAGCAAAAGCAGAAAUUUGGGUGAUUAUGGAUACGAAAGGAAAUUAACAUUGAACAUCCGUUCAGUGGGAGUUAAUGAUUCUGGAGAAUUCACAUGCCAAGCAGAAAACCCGUUCGGAAAAACCAAUGCCACAGUAACCUUGAAAGCACUAGUUAAAGGAUUUGUCCGUUUGUUUGCAACAAUGAAUACCACAAUAGAUAUAAAUGCAGGACAAAAUGGAAAUUUAACAGUAGAAUACGAGGCAUAUCCAAAACCGAAGGAAGAACUCUGGAUGUACAUGAAUGAAACAUUACAGAAUUCAUCGGACCAUUAUGUCAAGUUCAAGACUGUGAGCAGUAACAGUUAUACAAGUGAACUUCACCUUACCCGAUUAAAAGGAACAGAAGGAGGCAUUUACACAUUUUUUGUGUCCAAUUCUGAUGCCAGCUCCUCUGUAACAUUUAAUGUCUAUGUAAAAACAAAACCUGAGAUUCUCACUUUGGAUAUGCUUAGCAAUGGUAUUCUCCAGUGCAUAGCAGCUGGAUUCCCAGCCCCAACCAUAUACUGGUAUUUUUGCCCAGGAACUGAGCAGAGGUGUUUUGAUUCACCAGCAAUAUCCCCCAUGAACGUCAGUUACACAAAUUCGUCAGUGCCAUCGUUUGAACGAAUCCUGGUUGAAAGCACCAUUAACGCCAGCAUGUUCAGGAGCACUGGCACUGUGUGCUGUGAGGCCUCUAGCAAUGGGGACAAGAGCUCUGCUUUUUUCAACUUUGCUAUUAAAGAACAAAUCCGUACCCAUACCCUUUUCACCCCUUUACUAAUUGCAUUUGGAGUUGCUGCAGGACUGAUGUGCAUCAUAGUCGUGAUUCUGGUGUACAUAUAUUUGCAGAAACCCAAAUAUGAAGUUCAGUGGAAAGUUGUUGAAGAAAUAAAUGGAAACAACUAUGUUUACAUAGACCCAACGCAACUUCCUUAUGAUCACAAAUGGGAAUUUCCUAGAAACCGAUUGAGUUUUGGUAAAACCCUUGGUGCUGGAGCUUUUGGAAAAGUUGUUGAAGCCACUGCUUAUGGUCUGUUUAAAUCUGAUGCUGCUAUGACAGUAGCAGUAAAGAUGUUGAAAACAAGUGCCCAUUUAACAGAAAGAGAGGCUUUGAUGUCAGAGCUUAAAGUGCUGAGUUACCUUGGAAACCACAUUAAUAUUGUGAAUCUACUUGGAGCUUGCACUAUUGGAGGUCCCACUCUAGUCAUCACAGAAUAUUGCUGCUAUGGUGAUCUUUUAAAUUUUCUGAGACGGAAACGAGAUUCAUUUAUUUGUCCAAAACAUGAAGAACACACAGAAACAGCAGUUUACGAGAACCUUUUGCAUCAGGCAGAGCCUGCAGCUGAUGUUGCCAAUGAGUACAUGGACAUGAAACCAGGAGUGUCAUACGCAGUCCCACCAAAACCUGAUAAAAAAAGACCAGCGAAGUCUGGAUCCUACACUGAUAAGGAUGUUACUCUUUCUGUGUCAGAAGAUGAUGAACUUGCUCUAGAUGUUGAAGAUUUGCUAAGCUUUUCUUACCAGGUGGCAAAGGGCAUGAGCUUCCUUGCCUCCAAAAAUUGCAUUCACAGGGAUUUGGCUGCAAGAAAUAUUCUUCUAACUCAUGGUCGAAUAACAAAAAUCUGUGACUUUGGCCUGGCAAGAGACAUAAGGAAUGACUCCAAUUAUGUGGUCAAGGGAAAUGCCCGUCUUCCUGUGAAGUGGAUGGCACCUGAAAGUAUUUUCAAUUGUGUCUACACCUUUGAGAGUGAUGUCUGGUCUUAUGGGAUAUUGCUUUGGGAGCUCUUUUCUUUAGGAAGCAGCCCUUAUCCAGGGAUGCCUGUGGACUCCAAGUUCUAUAAAAUGAUCAAGGAGGGAUACAGAAUGUUCAGCCCUGAGUGUGCACCACCAGAAAUGUAUGACAUAAUGAAGAGUUGCUGGGAUGCUGAUCCUUUACAGAGACCCACAUUCAAACAAAUCGUGCAGCUGAUAGAGCAGCAGCUUUCAGAUAAUGCCCCCCGGGUUUACGCGAACUUCUCAACUCCACCUUCCAGUCAAGAAAACGCUCCAGAUCACUCAGUGAGGAUUAACUCGGUGGGUAGUAGUGCUUCAUCUACUCAGCCUCUCCUGGUACGCGAAGAUGUUUGAGUGGCAUCUGGAAGAAGAGGAGCCCAGAUGUAUUAGCUGUAUUGUGCAGGGGGUGAGAGAUGAACAACUUCAAUAAUUUCUCUUACUUUUACUCACUACUAUCACUGUGUAGCUGAAACGUUGUUGUAAUACUGUCCUUUACCACACACUGUUACACAUAAAAUCAAUCUUCUGAGCACGGUUACACGCAUCAUUGCAAUGUUAACUGAAGCUGUAUAUAUUUUGCUAUAUUGUGUGUAUUUGCAGUAGAGAGCCAGAUCUGAAGAAGAAAAAAAAAAACAACAACAAAAGAAAUCCUGAGCCAGGGUGUGGAAUAAGAUGAUGGCAUAUCAAACCAAAUCUGCCGUGAUCCUUCUCUGGAUCCACGCCUGGAAGGCCUACAGUAAUUUUCUAGUUAAUCUUGUUUUGCAAAUGUAAGAAAUAAACGAAUAUUAAGCUGAUGGCUUUGCAAACCCCUUUCCACAUCCAGCCAUGCCUGAGAAGCUUUCCCAGGCAAGUAUCAUAGAGGCCAGCAAGGGUGCUGUAUGUAUCUGGGCAAGAGAGGAGAAGGGACCGCGACCCUUCCAAAGUUAGUCUGCACAGUAGCAAACCCUCCUGGGAGCUCUAGGGUUUGAACCAGAGGAGGGGAGAAGAACAUGGAUCUUCACCUUCAUUUCCCACCCACACUGUCAGCCUUGCAGACCAGUCACAAGGUUUCUGUAAAUAUAGGCGCUACUUUCCACUGGCCCAUUCCCCACCAGCGGCAGAUGGAGCUGCCCAUCACAGGGUGUCACUGCACCACAGAGCCUGAACCACUCCCACACCUCCUUGCUUUCAGAGCCCGAGGGUUUGGAUGCUUGUUUUGCUUAUAUCCAAAAGUGUUCACCAGAGAUAGGUGGGCCCUGCCAUGUUGGUCAAAAUAGAGGAGGAGGGCUGCUCUCAGUAAACGGUGUGUCUGGAGGAGAGGCCGUUUAAUGAGUCAUCUUAUCUAAGCAAGAGCAGAGGCAAAAAUGUCUCUCCUAGGGGCCCUUUAUCUUGUCCUACCCAGGUGAAUCUUUCACACAGGCGGGCUUGGAUAGUGAUAACUGGAAAGGGCUAUUUCCCCACUCUCCGAGUUGUUUCAUCUUUCUGUUGUAGUCCAGAGAUCAUAAAAAAGAGCCUAGCUGUGAAGGGAUAAAAGAACGUAUCCCUUCAUUCUUGUUUGAGACGUGAGGCUUUGGAUCUGUACCUGUUCAGCCUAGGAUUGGGCUAGUUAUUUUCUUCUUUUGUUUCUGUCCCCUAGAAAUUAGUAAAGGCAUUGAAAGAAGCAUUUGUCAGAGGCAGAGUCCUAGCAGAGUACCUAUUUAUUUACAAUGCACUUAAGCACUCUGUAACUUAUACUUUGCCAGGAUUUUGAUUGAGUUUACAUGCAAUUUAAAUCUGUACUAACUGCCCAAAUGCAAGGUAAUUAUAAAUACACACACUGGUAGUAUAUUUUGGGUUAUGUUGAAUACCGCCCUGCUUCAAUGACUGUGCAUUUGGUUUAUUGUUACAGGAAGCUGUCUUUCAGAGUUAAGUCAAAAAUUAGCCAUUUGCACUGAACAUACUUAGGCUGUUGCACCUUUCCAAAGUUAGCCAGUUGUUUGGAGGCACUCUUAUGCAUACUUGUUGUUGAGCAUUUUCAGUUUAAUGCUAUAAAAGCUCUUUUGUAACGUGUUGGCUUUGAGAGCUACUGUAGACAAGCUAGUUGUUAUAAUUAUAGAUGUCUCGGUACUAUACAGACACUUAGCUGAAAGAGGUUUGGGUUUUUCGUUCUUGAAAUGUAUAUUUUUAUAAUUUGGGGAUUUUUGAAUCUUAUUUUGCAAUGGCUUGGUGUUUUGAAUGGGUUUAUGCAUUGUUUUUGUAAAUAUGGAAAUGUAGCAAUAAUGUCCUUUUGACUAUUCUCAGUCCUUGAGUCUCAAAAAUAUUUUUUUAUAUAUAUAUAUGCAAAAACUAUAUGUAUAAAUAUGUAAGUGUUUGAAAGUUUAUGAAACACUUAUGGAUAUGUUGCUCGGUUGUAGAAUUGCAGUUCAGAAAAGUUCAAAUAAAUCUGUAAAUAUGUA